UUGAGCCGUCUAUGGUUCAGCUCCUCAGCCCUCCCUAUUCUGGUAGUUUAUUUAUACUAGAGUAACCUGUGUACAUGUGAACUUCAAGUAGAGGUCUGAUUAAAUCGGGUCUGCAGCGUUUUACAAAGAAGAUGCGAUACGAGGCAAAGCGUUGCGGUGUCAACUUCAGCCCCCCAUCCAUAGUCGUGAUCUAUGUGCACACGGAAACCAAUAAGAUGAGAAAAAGAAUAAUACCUGUACGGGACUUUUCACAAUAUUCUGACUGCAGUAACGCUGCUGAGACGCUGAAGAACCACCCAAAUCACAGGGACUACCUGGAGGGAGUGUCCCAGGGACAGCUGCAGAAACUUCACUUCAUCCUGCGAGAUCACAUUAAAGGCUUCACCCUGGAGCACAGCCUCUCCUCAUUCUGCCUGCACCCUGAGGAAGACCUAAAUAAACUGGAUGAUGAAGGACUGACUCGCAAGAAGAGCCAAAUGGACGGACAAUUCGAGAAGAAUCGGAAGAGUAGGGAUGAUCCAAACUUUAUUUAUGACCUGGAGGUGGAUUUCCCCAAGAACACCCAAGAACAAAAGUGCAGUUGGGAUGAAGAGUCUGAUGAUGGAUUUUGAAACAAUUUUUUUUACCAAUCUCCAACAAUGUAAUCUUCAAGCCUACUGUAUAGUAACAGGAAGGUUUCACGCAGCUGAAGUCGACAACAAAGUUCAAGGUUAAUCUGAACAGUAAUGCUGGAAACACCUGACCCUGAGUAACUUCAUCAAGGACACAACCUGGCAAGAACUGGCACCACUCAGGAUAAACGAGAAUUUAACAUGACAUGAAAAAACCUGUCCAAUAUUUGUGAACUGCUCAUCCUUUCAAAAUAUAGGUUCCACUUUAAACUACAAUGAAAGAAAUAAUGCAUUAUUAAUAGUGAAAUUUUAUUUGUUAAAAAAUACUGAUUUUUUACAAAAUACAUAGACUUUGGGUUUCAUAAUUGUGGCUUCAACCUAAAUGACUGAUAUUCACAGUCAAAUAGUAAGAACUAAAAUUCUAUCAAAUCAGUGUACACCAGUAAUUAAACAAUACAACAUAUCUUUGGAACAACUUAUAUGUAUAAAAUGUUGUAUUAUGCAAAUUAAAAAAGUUACAUAUAUAUUUAUUAUUUUUCUUCACAUGUAGACAUACAUAUUUCAAUAUAUGAUCUGAAAUGAAAUACCAAUGUUUCCCCUGUGAUUAUACAGGUAUGGGUUGGGGGCAUGCUUAGGUCACAAGCUAUAAAACUAGCAGGAAACACAAGAUUUUUUUAUGGCCUAUUUUUAAAUACGAUCUUAAAGCUUAGCCUGCAGUAUCAAACGUCAGGGGAACAAUUCCAUUCAAAGUGCUUCAAU